UUCAGCUCAAGUUAGACAAAAUGGCUCAGGUAAGCAUUACCAGACCCGCUUCACAUUCAGGGUUACCAUCCAUGUUUCCUGAAGUGCAGCACCCUUUGUCAAGGCUGGGCAAUCCUGAAACUAUUUCAGUUCAGGGAGAAUCGAACCUAUCAAGUGGAGGACAAGGUAGUGAAAGAUUUGCUUCUCAGGAAUCUUCAAAUAAUGGGGGUCCAUUGAAAACAAGUCCCAGAAGGCGUGAAUACAUCUCCACUUUGGAAAAUGCACUUAAAGAGCACAGUAGGGGACAAAUGGACAACUGGAGAAAGCUUGAUCACUGGAUAAAUCUCAAAAAACGGUGGGCCAGUGACCCCAGACUGGUUGAUCAUGAUGUUGAGACAAUUAUCACAAGACCUGGUACACAAAUGAGACUGCAAAUUGAUGAGCUUCAAUAUCUUCUACAUGAAAAGCUUAGAUCUGGUGGAUUCUACAUUCUAAAACAGCUUUUCCAGGCACAUGACCCUACUGGUAGAGGUCACGUGACAAGGGAAGUACUGCUGACAAUUCUUACUCGAUUUUUGAGAAGGUAUAUUGCUGCAAGGCAGUUCUAUCAUCUUUUACUGAGACUUAAACUUAAUGCAAAGUCCAUCAUUACAUUUGAAAACUUUUAUUCACACUUCAAAGAACAAGAACCAAAGGGGUAUCCGGCUUGGAUGGAUCCUGUAAAAAGGCUCCAGGAAAACAAAAGAAUGAGUGCAACACAAGUUCAUAUACAAUUGAAAGCAAUGGUUCGGGAAAGACCACUGGAACUGAGAGAUCUUUUUAUAAAAGUGGAUAACGGUAGAAUGCUUCCAGUCACAUUUCAAAAUGUUUUGCAUCAACUAGGAAUUGAAAUGGAACAAGAAGAAUUCAUAAAACUGUUGAAAAGGUAUGACCCAGAUGAUCUUGGAAUCGUUAAAGCUGGCAAUUUAAUGAGGGCUUUGGGUUUCCAAACAACAGGUGUGAACAGAGCAGGAUGGGGAGCAGUUCCAUCAGCACUUGGCAAAUCGACCAGAUUCAGAUUGCCAGAAGAUCAACCAAAAUCCCCCGGAAGAAACCAAACCAAAGCAGGCAUGGAGAGAAAAUUGACAUUGGACAUAGAAAACUGGUUAAAGGAAAAGUUUAGAGAGGGUUUCAAGAGUAUGCUGACUGAUUUUUAUUACUAUGACCAAGACAACUCUGGAAAGGUAUCCAGAGACAACUUCCUUUGUGUCUUGAAAAAAUACAACCUUCGGCUGCAGGAUGACCAGCUAAAUACUUUCCUUGUGCGUUGUGGACUUCAAGAAGAUGCAGCAACUAUAAACUACAUGGAGUUUCUUCACAAUUUUCAAGAUAGAAGUGGAAACGGAAUACCUCACCGAAUUAUAACUGAUGAAAAUCACAGAUUUAACAAACUCAGAAGCUUUGGUUCUCAAUCCUCAGUCACUGCUUUGGAGGCAAAGCUAAUGGAACUGUUACACAAUGAAUUCCUUUUCCUUUUAGGAAGUUUUCAUAAAAUUGACAAGCAGAAACGAGAUGUAAUCAGCCAACAAGCCUUCUGGACAAUUUUAAAAAACAGAUUUGGCAUCGAUAUGUCAGAUGAAGAAAUAAGUUAUCUGAAGAACCGGAUACCACUGGAUGCCCAAGGCAAUGUGAAAUAUCUUGAGUUCAUGUCCAUAUUUGACAGCUGUAAAGGUGCAAAGAGCCUGUUAUGUGACAAGUCUAUGAUGACAAACUUGAGCAAUGAAAAUUCAACAGACAAAGAGUAUGGCUCAGGAAGAACUACAGAUCAGAUCUCAAAUAUUAUACAGGAUCUUGUGAAGAAACAAUAUCAAAUGGUGGAACAAAACUUUAACAAACUUGAUAAAAUGAACACCAGACGAUUUUCUCCUGAGUCAAUGUACCAGCUUUUGAAGCAAUUUGAUAUUCACCCACCAAUCACAAGAGAUGACGUCCGAAAACUAUGGAGCACUUUAAUUACCAGUCAGGAUAACACUUUGGAUUUCUACGAAUUUGUUCGACACUUUGGAUUCUCACCUAAAUCAGCUUGUUACCCAAAUGCCAAAAUCCAUCCGCCAGUUAAAGGUGACAGUGACUUCCUGAUUCGAUCCAGGAAGUUCAACUGUGACACAGAAAUAAUUGAGGAUAAUCUGCAAGCUAAGGUUAAGCUCUUGCUAGAUGACCUCUGGACAAACUUUCGUGAGUUCGAUCAAUUUAACACGGGCUUUGUUAGCAAAGAGGAGUUCAAAGAUGUUCUUAUGGAUGUAUGCGAGGCACUGAAUGAUCAGACCUGUGAGAUAAUCGCCAACAGGUUUACCCACGAGAAGAACCGGGUUUCUUAUCUGGAGUUCCUUCAGCCAUUUGAAGAUCGAAGGAGAGCAAUCAGGUUGAACAAUUUAAAAGUUCCAAGCCGAAAACAUCAACCAGAGAUCACAAUGUACACAGAAUCCAUGCAUAAAGGUCUGAACAUGGUCACAGAGAAACUGCGAAGAAAGUUAGCUGGUAAUCGGAAAACACUGGAAAGGGUGUGUAGAAAAUUGGAUUUUACCAGCACUGGAUUUCUCACACUGCCUGAAUUUCGAUCUGUUCUUCGACUCUGUAACAUAGUUUUGGAUGAAGAUGAAAUUUAUCACAUGAUGUCAAAAUAUGAUGAAAACAUGGAAGGCAAAAUUAAGUAUUCAAAUAUUAUCAACAAAAUCUUCAAAGCCCCAUGA